AUGGCCACCGGUGAGUUCACCCAUACAAGAUGCACCUCCAGCUCUGUGCUGCACCACAGCUGACCGUAUCGCAGUCAGAAUCUGCAUAUGCGGCGACGAGAGCGUCGGCAAGUCCUCGCUUCUGACAUCCUUGGUGAAGGAUACCUUCGUUACAUCCAAGAUCCAGACGGUACUCCCGCCUAUAACACUACCUCCCACAUUCGGAACGCCCGAAAAUGUCACCACUACAAUCGUCGAUACAUCUGCGCUCCCGCAAGACCGCGACGCUCUGCGGAAAGAGCUGCGGAAAUGCAAUGUCAUCUUGCUCGUCUACAGCGAUCACUACAGCUACGAGAGAGUUGCGCUCUUCUGGAUGCCAUACUUUCGUUCACUCGGCGUCAAUGUCCCAGUGGUAUUAUGCUCCAACAAGACCGAUUUGGCUCCUGGCACGAGCACGGCGCAGAUAAUAGAAGAUGAGAUGCUGCCUUUGAUGGGCGAGUUUAAGGAGCUGGACAGCUGUAUACGGACCAGCGCGCGGGAGCACCACAAUAUCAACGAGGUCUUCUUCCUCUGCCAGAAAGCUGUCACGCAUCCCAUAGCGCCAAUCUACGACGCGAAAGAAAGCAGUCUGAAGCCAGCGGCGGUUGAAGCUCUCAAGAGAGUGUUCUACUUGUGCGACAAGGACCAGGACGGUCUGCUAAAUGACAAGGAGGUCCACGACUUUCAAUUGAAAUGCUUCGACAAGCCUUUGUCGAAUGACGACCUCGCAAAUAUCAAGAGAUCAAUUCGACGACCUGUCGAAACGGACGAUGCAAUCGAGGUCGACAGAGUGGUUGAGGGCAUCGAUGUCGAUGGCUUCAUUCAGCUAAACAAAAUGUUCGCGGAGAAGGGCCGACAUGAGACAAUAUGGAUCGUUCUCCGGAAAUUCCAAUAUUCCGACAGCUUGUCUUUGAAGGAUAACUUCCUUCAUCCGAAGUUCGAGGUGCCACCUUUUGCCUCAGCUGAGCUGUCUCCGGCAGGAUACCGAUUCUUCGUUGAUCUGUUCCUGCUCCACGACAAGGACAAUGACGGCGGAUUGAGUGACGCCGAGCUCGCUGCCCUAUUUGCACCCACACCAGGUCUGCCGACCUCCUGGAUCAACAAUGCGUUCCCCAGCUGUACCGUGCGCAAUGAAGCCGGUUACAUCACGCUGCAGGGUUGGCUUGCGCAAUGGAGUAUGACGACCUUUGAGGAACCCAAGACUACGCUCGAAUACCUCGCCUACCUCGGUUUCGAUGGCGAAGGAAAAGGCACGACACCGGCUCUCAAGGUCACGAAGGCCCGGAAACGGCGCAACAAGCCCGGCAGGGUAGAGAGGACUGUUUUCCUCUGCUAUGUUCUCGGAGCACCCGGAAGCGGCAAAUCAGCUCUGCUGAACGCCUUCUUGAAUCGACCGUUCAGCAGCUCUUACCACCCUACGAUAAAACCACAGACCGCCGUCAACAGCGUGGAGCUUGAAGGUGGCAAGCAGUGCUACCUCAUCCUGGAAGAGCUCGGCGAGCUGGAGCCGGCGUUGCUGGAGAACCAGGCGAAGCUUGAUGCAUGCGAUCUGAUUUGCUGUACAUAUGACAGCAGCAACCCGGACAGCUUCUCCCACAUCCUCGAUCUGCGGCAGAGAUACCCCGGCCUUAGCGGAUUGCCGUCCGUCUACGCAGCAAUGAAAGCGGAUCAAGACCGGGCUGUACAACGCACAGAGGUGCAGCCGGACGUGUACUGCGAACAGCUGAAGAUGGCGAAGCCUCUGCACGUUUCCGUCAACUGGACCUCCAUUACGGAAUUCUUCGUGCACCUCGCGGAAUGCGCCACCUUCCCUUCGCAAGCCUUUCCGAAGAGCGAGGAGGAUGCAGUGGAUCGCACGGCGUUAUACAUUGGAGUGACAGCUACGGUCUGUGUUGCGGCUGCUUUCGCUUGGGUAUGGAAACGCAAUGUGCUGUCCAGCAACUGA